AUGAAGGCCUUGCUCCUGCCCAUCGCCCUCAGCCUGCUCGCUGCCCUGAGGGCCCAGGACCCCCCAUCCUGCCCUCUGGAGCCCCAGAAGAUCGCAGGAACUUGGUAUGUGAAGGCCAUAGUGACUGACGGGGACCUGCCUAAGGAGACGAGAUCCAGGAAGGUGUCCCCGGUGACGGUGACGGCCCUGGGCGGCGGGGACCUGGAGCUCAGGUUCACCUUCUGGAAGGAGGCCCGCUGCCAUGAGAAGACAGCAAGGAUGCAGCCAACUGGGGAGCCUGGCAAAUACAGCUCCAAUGGCGGCAAGAAGCACGUGUACAUCCUGGAACUGCCCGUCGAGGGCCACUACGUCCUUUACUGCGAAGGCCAGCGCCAGGGGAAAUCGGUCCGCGUGGGGAAGCUCAUAGGUAGGAAUCCCGACGUGAACCCAGAGGCUCUGGAGGCUUUUAAGAAAUUCGCACAGCGCAAGGGCUUGUCCCUGGAGGACAUCUUCACACCUGAGCAGACGGAAAGCUGCAAGCCUGAAAGUGACUAG